GUAAAACUGUUCCGAAAACAAGACCUGCAACAAGUGACUUUCAACAACUGAAAGGAGAAUGGAGCUUUCGCUUUGUGUCACAGCUGUUUAGAGAGCUUGGUCAACAAAGAAACGCGUCUUGUGUGAAAACGGCACACGGUGAGGUGAGCCUUAUCCACUGAGAGGGAUUUGGUUGUUUUCUAAGUGUUUCUUAUGGAGUCAUACAGAGUUAGUGGCAUGCCAAACUCUGGACUACCGCAAGGCUAUACACCGUCCUCCCGCACAAGAGGCCAGAGCAAUGGCACUUACGGCCUCAGUAUCAGAGUUCAAGGCAUAGAUGGACACCCCUAUGUGGUCCUCAAUAACCAGGAUAGAUUUCCAAACCCCUAUGCAGCCCCCCAAAACAAUAAUGGGUAUAUGGACUCAGAAAGCCCUUUCACUAAGAACUACGAGGAACAUGAACCCAAAGGGGCCAGGACAAAUCUUCCCGAAGGUCCAUUUGUGGAUCACAGGCCUCAGAAGCUACAUGGAGGUCCUCACAAUGGGACUUCAGAUCCUAAGAAGCAGUCCACUCUUUUAAACUUCCAGAAGCAUCCAGAGAUUCUAAAGCCAUAUGAUCCUGAGAGCAAUACUCUUGAAAACUUUCGAGGUUUGCCUACAGCUGAAACUAGAAAUCCCUACCCAGCAUCCCUGCCAAGAGUCAACUCCCCACUCAUGAGUCAAGUAGUCUCGGAACCACCUUUGCUGGAUGACACGAGACACUCCCAACUUCAGGUUAAUUCCCAGACACUCCCAUUCAAUGCCCAACCUCAAACGGGUCUGUCCAAAGACCAUGUUGUGGGACAGCCUCAGGUCAAACCCCAGAGUCAAGCAAAACCUCAGGUCAAGCCCCAGAGUCAGCCACCAUUCAAGACUCCAAUGCCCUACCAGGCUCAGUCCCAGCCCUCAAAACGCCUUCCAGUUCCUCAGACAUCUACAGUUGCCAGCAACCAUCAUGACCAUACCAAGGUUGCCUCAAGGCCACCUAGCUCAGCUAGUAGCACCAACUCUAGUCUGGAGCGAAGUCGGCGUGAACCAGACGUCCUGCCCUUGAGGCGUACUGACUCUAGUGGUCCGGUGCUACAGUCUUCCCCCUCCCAUAACUCCUCUGUGGGCUACAUCUCACCAACCAAGGAAGACCAGUUGGACCAGCUUUAUGCAGAAACCAUCAACCGCCAUGAGAACCGGCGCUACAUCCCUUUUCUGCCUGGGACAGGGCGUGACAUUGACACUGAUUCCAUCCCAGGUGUGGAUGAGCUCAUCAAGAAGUUUGACAGCAAAGAGACAGCUCAACGCAGGGGUCGGAGAGGACGGAGGAAUCGAAUUAACCCGGAAGACCGAAAGCGCUCCCGUAGUGUGGAUAGCGCCUUGCCAUUUGAUCUCAGGGUUGAUGCUAACUACUUGGGCGAAGUUAGCCGAAAUCGAGGCAGGUCCUCAGAGCAUCUCCUUCGGCCUUCACUGCUCCUACAGAAGGGUUCUGCAGUGAAGGCCUCUCCCAUCUCUCCACCAUCCACUUUUGGACACAGGGGGAGCCUCAAAAAUGCAGCACAAGUCAACAGUGCUCCAGGCUCUCCUCAAGGGACAGUCUCCAACUAUGCAGCUGUUAAUUUGGGGUACAAGAAGCCUCAGAGUCUUCCCUCCACUGUGCCUGUAGAGAACAAAAAUGAAGAAGCCAAACCAUCACAGAGAAUGAAGUCCAUGUUGAAUCUGACAACAGGAUCCAUUUCUCAUCCUAGUGUCAACGGUAAAACAUCAAACACUGAAAUGGAUGCACAGGUGACGCCUGAUCUUUUGAAAGGUCAACAAGAGCUUUCACAACAAACAAAUGAAGAGACUGCAAAGCAGAUCUUAUUCAGUUACCUCAAAGAUGGGAGCAAUGAUAACGAUGACACUACAAAGAGGAAGGUCAACCUGGUGUUUGAAAAAAUCCAGACCUUGAAGUCACGGGCAGCAGGGAACGUGCAAGGGGACAACAAAUCUCCAGACAUUGCAGCCCAGGCUAAAGCCCUUCAAGCGCAGAAAGCAGCAUUGGAAAAAGAGAUUGUUGAGCUUAAGAAACAGCUUGAGGAUGAAAGCAAGAAGCACAGUGAUCUGAGCGCAACUCAACAGAAGGUGGGAGAGGGAAUGAAGGACUUGAGGAGAGAGCUGGACCAGAGUCAAGCGGAGUGCAGCAGACUGCGCAACAAGCUUAGUAAAACAGAGAAUGACCUGCGCACUACACUGGAGGAACUCUUUCAGGUAAAGAUGGAGAAAGAGCAGUACCAGACGGAGAUCAGAGACCUGCAGGACCAGCUCUCAGAGAUGCAUGAUGAAUUGGAUGGAGCCAAACAGUCUCAAACAGACAGCACAGAGAAAGAGGCCAUGAUGGAGGACUUGAUGCACCUAAAGUUAGACCUCCAGGAUCUGCUCCUAGUCAAAGAAGAGCAGGAAGAUGUGCUGAGGAGGCGCGAGAGGGAGCUGACCGCCCUCAAGGGAGCUCUGAAGGACGAAGUGGCAACUCACGAUCAAGAGGUGGACAAACUUCGAGAGCAAUAUGAAAAGGAGAUCCGUAAGCUGCAAACGGCUGUGGAGGAAGCCAAACAGAACAAUGCCACAGCCAGUAAGGAAAAAGAGGAAGUGGAGGCAGCACGGAAGGUGUCUGAGGGCAAGACGGGCCGUCUGUCUCAGGAGGUGGAGCGGCUGCACAGGAGGGCACAGGAGCUGGAGAACGAGGUGGCCAAACUCAACCGCAUUAUUGAUGAAGCCAAGCUUCAAGAGAGCAAGCUAGGGGAACGAACAAGCCGUCUGGAGAAAGAGAAGAGACAGUUGGAGGAGUCUCUCACUGAGGUCAGGGAACAGGAAGAGGAAAUGACCAGAGCAAAUCGGGCGCUUAGCACUCGCCUAGAGGAUGUGCAGAGAAACUUGACCAAGAUGACUCAAGAGCACCAUGAGCUGGAGGAGAGACUGAAGGAGGAAAGAAGUCAGAAAGAGCAGUUUAAAAACACUAAGAAUGAAAUUGAAGAUGAGAGGAGGCUGCUGGACAGGACCAUUGAGAAAUUACAACGGGAGAUGAAUGAGAUAGUAGAGGCAUCUCAGAGCUCAACUCAGGAGCUGCAGGAGCAGAUAUACAUGUAUAAAGAGAAGAACCGGAAGGAGAUGGCGGAGCUGCAGAAGCAGCUGAGAGAGGGAGGACAGGAGCUAGAGAAAUCACGUCGUACUGCCAAGACCCUUCAGGAUGAGUUGGCUCGUGUGCAGGAGGAACUGCGUCAGUGUCAGAAGGAGAGAGAUGAGUCUCUGCAGAGAGUAAAGGACCUGGAGCAGAAGGUCUUGGAUCUGGAGAUCGAUGCCGAGACCAAAGCCCACUCAAAUGACAAAAGCAGACAAGCCAAACUUCUGGAGGACCAUGUGUCUCAGCUAGAGAUGGAGCUGGUGGAGGAAAGGCAGAGUGGGGAUAUGCUGAUGGAGAGAAUAGACAGAGGGAGAGAACAGUUGGAGCAGAUGAGGAACGAGCUCAUGCAGGAGAGAGCCAGUAGACAGGACCUAGAGUGUGACAAGAUCGCCCUGGACAGACUGAAUAAGGAUCUUAAGAGCAGGGUCGCUUAUUUGGAGGGAUCUCUGAAGCCCAGUAAAGAGGGACUGGUGGCCCAGCUGGAGAACCGUAUCCUGGAACUGGAGGAAAGACUGGAGGGAGAGGAGAGGGAACGAGCUAACCUGCAACUGGCGAACCGUCGGCUAGAGCGCAAGGUGAAGGAGAUGGUAAUGCAAGUGGAUGAAGAGCAGCAUUCACUGCAGGAUCAGAAAGAUCAGCUGAACCUGCGUCUGAAGGCUCUGAAAAGGCAGAUGGAUGAAGCGGAGGAGGAGAUCGACCGACUGGAGCACAGCAAGAAGAAACUGCAGAGAGACCUAGAGGAGCAGCAGGAGGCCAACGAACAGCUCCAGAGUCAGCUCAAAGCACUGCGCAGUGAGAUGAGGCGUAAGAGCAGCUCUGCACCAGUCCUGAAUGUCGAUGAUGAUGAUGAUGAUGAUGAUAUCAGCACUGAUGGUGAAACCUACUUCAGCUCUUCGUCUGGCUACAAGCGUUCCAGCAGUCAGGAUGCCAUCAUCUCCAAUUUCUCUCUGUGAAAACACUACUGCAAACUGGAAGUUAUAAAUGAAGAUGCCAAUGCCUGCAAUAUUUGUGCUCUUAGUUAUGAACUGCUUUGCUUUUGUGAAUUUGCCACAAUUUCAUGUAUCCAUGGGACCAAUACUUAUGCCUUUCUCCCUAGAUAUAUUUUUGCUAGCUUUUUGUACAAGUAAUCUUUUAUGUGUUCAAACCUUGCGGAUAUUUUAUAGCACUGUAUAUCUGCACAAAAUACAAUGUUUGUCCAUUUUUAUUUUUUCAUUUUGUUCGAUUAAAUAUUCUGCCAUUCCAAUAUAUCCACUGACAUAAAAACAGCCUUACAAUAAUGCAAAAAUUCCAUUUCAUUUAACUACCAAUUUACAUCAUUUAACCAUGCGAAGGACUGACAGACUUAAAGACAAUACAUAUUAAGGGAAAUAUGUAUGAGGGACAAUUUAUAUUAAAAAACAUAGCGUGAUGACCAACAUUUUUUCACUUAACGAACAAGCAGAUUUAAUUUUACUUCGUUUAAAAUUUUCAUAUGAUGCCGCAUUUGUUUCUAUUUCAGCUCAUUUUCAGCAUUAUACCAGACACAAGCACUUUGUGUACAGAUUCUCUGUCUGCAACAAUCUUUACCACAGGCACACACUGGCAGCCAAAUGUUUCGGAAAGAAAUUGGUACUUUAAUUCACCAAAGUGGCAUUCAACUGAUCACAAAGUAUAGUCAGGACAUUACUGAUGUUAAAAACAACACCAUCACUAUUUAAAUAAAGUCAUUUUUGAUCAAAUCUAGACAGCAGCCAUCACUCCAACACCUUCUCCUUGAGUAAUCAUGCUAAAUUACUAAUUUGGUACUAGAAAAUCACUUGCCAUUAUAUCAAACACUGCUGAAAGCUAUUUGGUUCAUUAAAUGAAGCUUAACAUUGUCUUUGAUUUUGAGUUGCCACAGUAUGCAAUACACUGGCAUGUCUUAAGGUCAAUAUUAGGUCAAAAAUGGCAAAAAAAGAAACAGCUUUCUCUAGAAACUCAUCAGUCAAUCAUUGUUUUGAGGAAUGAAGGCUAUACAGUGCUUGAAAUUGCCAGAAAAACUGAAGAUUUCAUACAAAGGUGUACACUACAGUCUUCAAAGACAAAGGACAACUGUCUCUAACAAGGACAGAAAGAGAUGUGGAAGGCCCAGAUGUACAACUAAACAAGAGGAUAAGUACAUCCGAGUCUCUAGUUUGAGAAAUAGACGCCUCACAUGUCCUCAGCUGACAGCUUCAUUGAAUUCUACUCGCUUAACACCAGUUUCAUGUACAACAGUAAAGAGAAGACUCAGGGGUGCAGGCCUUAUGGGAAGAAUUGCAAAGAAAAAGCCACUUUUGAAACAGAAAAACAAAAAGAAAAGGUUAGAGUGGGCAAAGAAACACAGACAUUGGACAACAGAUAAUUGGAAAAGAGUGUUAUGGAUCUUAACCCCAGUGAGCUUUUGUGGGAUCAGCUAGACUGUAAGGUGCGUGAGAAGUGUCCGACAAGACACAUCUAUGGCAAGUGCUACAGGAAGUGUGGGUUGAAAUGUCACCUGAGUAUCUGGACAAACUGACAGCUAGAAUGCCAAGAAUCUGCAAAGCUGUCAUUGCUGCACAUGGAGGAUUUUUUGAUGAGAACUCUUUGAAGUAGUUUAAGAAGUUCUGAACAUUUUUUUCAAAUUGUAACAGUAAUUGUUCACGUUAUUAAUGUCCUGACUAUACAUUGUGAUCAGUUGAAUGUCACUUUGGUGAAUAAAAGUACCAAUUUCUUCCCAUAAGAGUAAAAUCUGUACAUUAUUCCAAACAUUUGGCCGCAAGUGUGUUACACUGUAUUGACAUUUAUGUUACCAGGAUUUUUCGUCCUCUCUGAAACACAAAACAGUGUUAUGAAUAAAACUGCAUUAGCCUGUUGUAUUAUAGAAAAACGUUAUAACCGGUUUUAACACACCUUCCUGUCCAUACGAAUGUACCCUGUAUUUGCAUACUGUAUAUGUAAAAGCAUUUGUGCCUGUUGUUUCAGAGUGGGAAGAGAUGUCCUAACUUAUGCAAAGCUUGUAUAUUACUGAACUGACAAUCACCCUUUCGGACUACACUGUGAUGAUUUGCACUGUAUAUUAAAGUGAGCCCUUUGUGUGUUCGGUGCUUAAAUAUUGUUUAAUGCGACAAAAGUUCAGUUAGUCAUUAGUGCAUCUUUUUUUUUUUUAAGGUUGUUAAAAGAAUCCUGCCUCUACCUCUCUGUACACAUCUACAGUAUGUAAAAACCUGAAAACAAACAAAAUAGAAAUAAAGUCCACUGUUAAUCUCA